CCAGCUCAAGGUGAUUUUUCCUUUUGGUGUGAUCCCCAAGGAUAUCCACAAUUUAUUUUGAGAAAUGGUUCCAUUGAGCUGCAUCGAUCUGGACCAUGGAAUGGUAUCGGAUUAGGGAAUGCAAACCUCAAACCAAACCGCAUCUACAAAUAUGGAUUGGUUUAUACCAAGGAGGAGGUGUAUUAUGGUUAUGAACUCAUCAGCUCAGUUGUUUCGAGGCUUACUCUGAGUCAAGACGAUGUUAUACAACGCUGGAUAUGGAUUAAUCGAACGCAGGAAUGGGUCCUUUACCUGACUGCAGCAACAGAUAACUGCGAUAAUUAUAAACUAUGUGGUCCAAAUAGUAAAUGUAUUGCUGAAAACUCGCCAGUAUGUGGCUGUUUGAAUAAAUUUGUGCCCCAGAACCAAACAGAAUGGGGAAAUGGAGAUUGGUCUAAUGGGUGUGUUCGGAGGACACAAUUGGAUUGCCACAACGGAGAUGGAUUUCUCAAGUAUUCGCGAUAUAAGAUGCCAGACACACGGAACUCCUGGUUUGACAAGAGCAUGACCCUGAGGGAAUGUGAGAUGAUAUGCUUGAAAAACUGCUCUUGUAUGGCUUACGCAAAUUUAGAUAUAACUGGUGGCAGAAGUGGUUGCUUGCUUUGGUUUGAGGAGUUAAUUGAUAUGAAAGAGCUCCAUGAAAAUGGGCCAGAAAUUUACAUAAGGAUGGCUUCCUCUGAGUUGGAGGUUUCAACAGUCCAACAAGCUGGCAUCAAAGGCAAGAAAGGCAAGAAAAGAGAGAUAGUGGCAGUGACAUUGGCAUUGUUAAUUGGACUUCUUUUGUUAGGCAUGAGUGUAACCUUGUACCUCCAAAAAAAGAAAAGGAAGAAUUCACAGCUGAAUAAAGAUGGAAAUGUAAUGAACCUUGAACAAGGUUACACUGACAAAGGCCAAAAGGAAGAUCUAAAGUUACCAUUGUUUGACUUAGCUAUAAUAGCUCAUUCCACAAGCAACUUUUCAAUCAACAAUAAGCUUGGAGAGGGUGGAUUCGAACCUGUUUACAAGGGUAUGCUGGAAGGAGGAGAAGAAAUAGCUGUGAAGCGGCUAUCAAAGAGUUCUAGGCAAGGACUUGACGAGUUCAAGAAUGAAGUUAUUUGUAUUGCCAAACUUCAGCAUCGAAAUCUCGUGAAGCUUCUAGGAUGCUGCAUUCAAGGAGAGGAAAAUAUGUUGAUCUAUGAAUACAUGCCCAACAAAAGCCUAGACUACUUUAUUUUCGAUCAAACCCAAAGCACGUUACUGGAUUGGCCAAAGCGCUUCCACAUUAUUAAUGGGAUUUCCCGGGGCCUUCUCUAUCUUUAUCAAGAUCCCAGGCUGAGAAUUAUUCACAGAGAUCUCAAAGCAAGCAAUAUUUUGCUAGAUUUUGACAUGAACCCAAAAAUAUCAGACUUUGGAAUGGCUAGAAGCUUUCGGGGAAAUAAGACAGAAGCAAAUACAAACAAAGUGGUUGGAACAUACGGCUACAUGUCUCCAGAGUAUGCAGUGGAUGGGUUGUUUUCAAUAAAAUCAGAUGUAUUUAGCUUUGGCGUUUUGGUGCUAGAGAUCGUGAGUGGGAAGAAAAACAGAGGUUUCUAUCAUCCAGAUCACCACCUUAACCUCCUUGGCCAUGCAUGGAGACUCUACAAAGAAGGUAGGUCAUUGGAAUUGAUUGAUGAGGCUCUGUGGGACUCAUACUACCCAACUGAAGUGGUGCGAUCAAUCCACGUGGGUCUUUUAUGUGUGCAACAAUCUCCAGAGGAUAGGCCAAGCAUGUCAUCUGUGGUUCUGAUGUUGGGUGGUGAAGGUAUAUUGCCUCAGGCCAAACAACCUGGCUUCUUCACCGAAAGGAAUGUUCUUGAGGCUGUUGGUUCUUCAAGAAAGAAAGCAGCAGGUUCAGUCAACGAAAUGACCAUUACUCUGUUCAGUGCCCGAUAGAAACACACCCUGUAUUGAUGCAAAUCAUAUGCCUCAAAAUCUGUUUUUAAAAAAAUAAAAAUCUUUACUGUUGUAAAAGAAUACAAAAUUUCUUCUCAUCUACUGGGUUAAGUUUUAUAAAUCAGUUCCUCUUUCUGGAGUUCAGGUUCUUAUAGUUAGAUU